CUUAAAGCUCAUCCCUUUCACCAUUUCCUCUCUAGGCUAGCUCUUUCAUUCCUCUCUUCUCCCUCGAUUCUCUUUUACAGAAGAUAGAGAGAGAAGAGAGAAAUCUUUCACGAACAAAGGAAUUUUGAGAUUUCAUUCUCAAAAACUUCCUAAUUUGUUCGUCGCGCUUAGCCAAUCCGUCUUCCUCUCAAUCUCCCGAUCAGGUUUCGGGAGACAUAUUUCUUUCGAGAAUGCGUAAGUGGUUGUGUUGUAUCUCUGAUGUUGAAGAGUCUAACUCCAGAUCUCAUGAGAUUGAACCUUUCAAAAAAUCUAGGAACGGUAAACGAAAGGGAGCAAAGGUGAAUGCUAUUGUUAAACCUGAAGAUGAGAAACCUGCACCUCCAAUUGAAGCGCCGGUAAUUUCGUUGUCUGAGUUGAAAGAGAAAACUGAUAAUUUUGGAACAAAGGCAUUGAUUGGGGAAGGAUCAUAUGGGAGAGCUUAUUAUGCAAAUUUAAGUAAUGGAAAAGCUGUUGCUGUUAAGAAACUCGAUGUUUCUCUAGAACCUGAAUCAAACUAUGCGUUUUUAAGUCAGGUGUCUAUGCUUUCAAGAUUGGAGCAUGGAAAUGUAGUUCAGCUUCAAGGUUAUUGCGUUGAAGGAAAUGUUCGUGCGCUUGCUUAUGAAUUUGCAACAAUGGGAUCUCUGCACGACAUUCUUCAUGGUAGAAAAGGAGUGCAAGGGGCACAGCCAGGUCCGGUUCUAGACUGGAUGCAAAGAGUUAGAAUCGCGGUUGAUGCAGCGAGGGGGUUAGAGUAUUUGCACGAGAAAGUUCAACCUUCAAUCAUACAUAGAGAUAUAAGAUCAAGCAAUUUGCUUAUCUUUGAUGACUUUAGGGCUAAGAUUGGAGAUUUUAACCUUUCAAAUCAGACACCUGACAUGGCUGCUCGUCUUCAUUCUACAAGGGUUCUAGGAACCUUUGGUUACCAUGCACCAGAAUAUGCCAUGACUGGAUACUUGACGCAGAAGAGCGACGUAUAUAGCUUUGGAGUUGUUCUAUUGGAGCUUCUAACCGGAAGAAAACCAGUUGAUCAUACAAUGCCUCGCGGUCAGCAGAGUCUUGUUACUUGGGUAACUCCUAGACUGGGUGAAGAUAAGUUCAAGCAAUGUAUUGAUCCAAAACUAAAGGGAGAGUAUCCUGCAAAAGGAAUUGCAAAGAUGGCAGCAGUAGCAGCACUUUGUGUGCAGUAUGAGUCCGAGUUUCGACCAAAUAUGAGCAUUGUUGUGAAAGCUCUCCAACCGCUGCUUAAGCCACCUCCUACCAAUGCCCCUGCUCGAGUAUAAUCCAUCUCUUAAAGGUCGUAGUCUUAAGUCUUAACUGCUCGCGUGAGCUCGGUUUUCAUUGGAAUAUAUAUAUUUUUAUUUGGUGGAUUUUGAUGUUCAAAUUUGCUUCUGGACGGACAAAUGAUAUGAACAUAUAAGUUGGUUAAUUGCUAAUAAAAAAGAUUAUUCAUUUCAUUCUUUUAAAA